AUGGAUGUUGAUUGUGGCUUAAGUGGUGCUGAUGGUGUCGGUGGUCGUGACGACGACAUAAGUCGCAUAAUUGAUUUGUCGAGCGGCGGUUCUGUAGUCGUUGCUGAUAAAGUUGGUGGAAGAGGGGCAGAUGCUGGCGCCGAUGACUUUACUUUUGCCUCGAGUGGUACUGACGGUGGCGGUGACGAUGACGUAGGCUGCAGAGUUGAUUUGUCAAGCGAUGGUUCUGUUGAUAGUGCUGUUGAAGUUGGCGGGACAGAGGUUGAUGCUGGCGCCGAUGACAUUACUGUAGGCUCGAGCGAUACUGACGCUGGUCUUACUGCCGGUGAAGUUGUCAGGACAGAGGCAAAUGCUGGCGCCGAUGACUUUACUCCUGCCUCGAGUGGUAUUGACGGUGGUCGUGACGAUGACGAUGACAUAGGACGCAAAGUGGAUUUAGCAACUGCUGUUACUGUUGAUGAAGUUGACGGAAGAGAGGCAGAUGCCGGCACCGACGAGUCUAAUGUUGGCGAUUUCUUUGGGACGUCUGAUAACGAUGCUUGCGGCAUAGGCUGUGAUGGUAAUGAAGUUUCCGGUGGUGCUGCAGGGUGGGCUGAUGUUUUUGAUGAAGGUGAAGACGCCAGGGAUGCAGGUUCUGGUAAUUCCGUAAUAGGUGUUGAUCGUGGCUCGAGUGGUGCUGAUGAUGUCAGUGGUCGUGACGACGACAUAGGCCACAGAGUUGAUUUGUCAAGCGAUGGUUCUGUGGUAACUGCUGACGAAGUUGGCGGAACAGAGGCAGGUGCUGGCGCCGAUGACUUUACUGUUCGCUCUAGUGGUACUGACGGUGGCCGCGACGACGAAAUAGGCCGCAGAGUGGAUUUGGCAACUGUUAUUAUUGCUGAUAAAGUUGACGGAAGAGAGGCAGGUGAAGGCGCCGACGAGUCUAAUGUUGGCGAUUCUUUAAGAGCGUCUGAUAGCGAUGCUGGUGGUAUAGGCUGUGAUGACGAUGAAGUUUCCGGUGGUGCUGCAAGAUACGCCUUUGAUGAAGGUGAAGUAAAGGCUGAUGGUGUUGCUGACCGGCUCAGUGAAAUCCGUGCUGGUGACAGCGAAGAUGCUAAGCCUUUUGGUGAAGAUGGCUGA